AAACAAAGGAAAGUGAUUAGUUUUCCCAAAUGUUAUUGAUCCAAUUAAAUUAAGCUUGCAUUUUAGUGGGCAAUAUGAAAUUUGAAGCUAUGCAGGACCCCCGAGAUUUCAUUGCUGUUGCUCUGGAAUUUGAAUUGGAGAUGCAGAGGGAGAAGAAAAGGGAGAUGGAAGAGUCUCUAAGGGCUGCCCAAGUUGCUCUAAGAAAGAAGGAGAGAGGGCUUUCUGUGCGUAGGAGAAAGACGCAGGGAAUGCGUGCAAAGGAAGCGGCCAAAGAGAAAUUGAUUGUUGAUUUCAUGGUUUUCGUUGAAGCGGUUGAGAAUAACGAUCUCGAGACUGCUCAGAAAUUUGAUGAAAAUGCUAUGAUGAAAGCUAUUGUUACUAUGAUGGGCAGUAACGGUGGCGAUGGCGGCGACAGUGGAGGAUUUGCAGGCGGAUACGGAGACGGUAACGUUACUGAAAUCGAUGUGAAUCCUGAAGAAAAGGCUGUGAUGGAUGCAACUGUAGCUACGGUGAACGUUGGCAACUAUGGCGGCCACAAUGGAGGAUUCGUCGGUGACUACGGAGGGAUUAGCAACAAUCUUGAAAAGGCUCAGAAUAUCGAUAAGGAAGCUAUGAUGGCAGCCGGUAUUGAAGAAAGAAACAGUGACGCCAGUGAAGGCAGCGACGGCGGUGGAUAUGGCGCGUGUGUCAGUGGUAACCGCCGCGAGUAGACUGAUGGUGGGUCCUGUUAAUUACUUUCAUAUGGAAAGAUACGCAUGUCCUGUUUUUUGUAUUAGUUUAUUGUUUUAGUUUUACAACUUUCUUUUACUUCGGGUGUGUUGAUAAUAAUUGGAUCAAAUCUAUAUAGUGGGAUUGAUUGAAAUAUAGAUAUCCCAGCUUUCACUUUAUUAGUAAUAGCAAGUUGUUGAUGGGAUAGUGUUUGAUUGAAAUAUCCAUUUUAAUUGUUCCUUGAUGAAUUUAAAUUAGAUUUUAGCUUGA